AUGUAUAACAGUUCAUCAGUUGCGGUAGAAAAAACUAUCGAAAAUUUGAAUAAACUUGAUGAGGAUCAGAAACCACCUAAUGAUCCAGAUGAAGACACAGCUGCAAGAAUGCGGUUAAAACGUAAACUGCAGCGCAAUCGUACUUCGUUUAGCCAGGAACAAAUUGAAGCUUUAGAAAAAGAAUUUGAGAGGACACAUUACCCAGAUGUCUUUGCUCGUGAGAGACUGGCUACAAAGAUCGGUUUACCUGAAGCGCGCAUACAGGUGUGGUUUUCGAAUAGGAGAGCUAAAUGGCGUCGUGAAGAAAAGCUAAGAAAUCAAAAACGACCGCCAGGUAUGGAUACAGCAAUGGCACCAGCUAGUUCCAAUGUCAGUGCUAAUAGCGCUGCCGGCAGUUCCGGCUCAACACAAGGUAGCUUAUUAAAUCCUGGAAGCACGGGUACACCUCUGGGUAGUAGUCCAACUACUACACCAGCAAGGUUUAAUAAUCCGGUUAUUAGCAGUAACUUUGCUCCUUCCAGCACACAAAUGUAUCCUUUAUCGCAACCUACGAUGGAUCCUUACAGCUUUGCAAACGCUGGAUUAGGAAUGGGAGCACCACAACAUCCGUCUGAUUUUAGUUCUUAUCAUAUGUUUUCUGGCACUGGAAGGUCACCUUACGAUGCUUUUCAUCCAUAUACUAGAACAGUUCAGCCAGGUGCACCACCUACAUUUGCUUCUACAAUGAACCAUUCUUCAAUCUCCAACGUUGGUGGUCUUGGUGCAGGCAUGAGUUUGCCGGUCUCUGUAUUAUCAACAAUUGAUCAAGCAAUUCCGUCGCAGCAACCGCCACGAUUCGAUGAUUUAACAGACGCACAUCAUGAUCCACAAUACUGGCUACUUUACAAAUCUGUUAUAUAUUGUGACAAAUUCAAUUCAAAGGAAUGA